AUGAGAGAUGAAGAAUACAAUUAUAGAUUUCUUAGAGACAUUAUUAUUGAUCGCUUUAAGAGAACUGGAAUGUGGACCUAUGACAGAAUUGAUACUAUGAUUCUUGAUGUAAAAGAAUCUAUAACUCCACAAAUAAGAGAUGAAUUGGAAAAUGAACUUGAACAGAUGCGCAACUCUAUCACAUGCAAAUUGUGUAUGGUGUAUAAAAUUAGUGUAAUGUUCACACCUUGCGCACAUAUGGUCACAUGUCAUUAUUGUGCUUUAAAUAUAGAAAGGUGUCCCACGUUUAUCGACUGGCCAUUGGAAUGGUUAAAGCCUUCUGAACUAGCUGCUGCUGGCUUUUAUUAUAUGAGGACUAAAGAUCAUUGUGCGUGUAUAUUCUGUGCACAAAUAAUUGGGAUGUGGGAAAAGAAUGACAACCCAAGACAAGAACAUGAGAGACAUUCACCUCAUUGUCCUUUUAUAAGGGGACAAAAUGUUGGUAAUAUUGCUAUCAAUCCAAAAAACAAUAUUUGCUACACACAGGAUACAGAUAUUUGUGGAACCCCAAGACUUAUGGCCGGAUCUUAUCCCGAAUGCGGUUUGAGUGACCACGUUCGUUGUUUUCACUGUGGAAAUGGAUUACACAACUGGGAAACCAGUGAUAUACCUUGGAUUGAACAUGCUAGGUGGUAUCCAGAUUGUUACUACGUUAAAAUAACAAAAGGGCAAGAAUUCAUCGACAAAGAAAUGAAUUGGAAAAGGAGCUUGAUCGGAUACGCGACUCUACUACAUGUGUAG